UCACCAUGGCCCGUACGAAGCAAACCGCCCGCAAGUCGACCGGAGGAAAGGCCCCUCGCAAGCAGCUGGCCACCAAGGCAGCCCGCAAGAGCGCCCCUGCCACCGGAGGAGUCAAGAAGCCCCAUCGCUACAGACCCGGCACGGUCGCCCUCCGCGAGAUCCGUCGCUACCAGAAGAGCACCGAGCUGCUGAUCCGCAAACUGCCCUUCCAGCGCCUCGUCCGUGAAAUCGCCCAGGACUUCAAGACCGACCUGCGCUUCCAGUCGAGCGCCGUCAUGGCCCUGCAGGAGGCCAGCGAGGCCUACCUGGUCGGCCUCUUCGAGGACACCAACCUGUGCGCCAUCCACGCCAAGCGCGUCACCAUCAUGCCCAAGGACAUUCAGCUGGCCCGCCGCAUCCGCGGAGAGCGUGCUUAAGCUUCAUGCUAACCACCGUUAAAUCGGCCCUUUUCAGGGCCACCACUCAAAUCCAGUGAAAUUUCUGAGCAAUGAAAUUUUAAUAACUAUAAUAACCUCAAUACCAUAGACAGAAAAAAGUAAAAUAUUAACCGCAGUACCCUUUAUUCCCUUGUCAGAGAAGAGACCCAUUGAGACUGCUUGCUUGAGAUCAUUGGUAUUUGUAGGUCUUGAGUCUCGACGGGUCUCAGAAACUUAGUAACUUUAUCAUCGCUUAUGUUACACAUCGGUCCUAGUGGGUUUUGGAACCAUAUAGGCUAAUAUUUUUUUUUAUUAUGCAAUAUUAUUUUGUUUGAAUUCAUUUUAGUUUUGAUGUAUCAUAAAGUCAACUU